AUGGCGAAAUCGAAGAACACGAAGACGAGCAAGAUGAAGACGAGUCAGCCAAAGAAGACGGCGCGGUCAAGCAAGACGACACAGUCAAGCCAGAGUGAGAAGACGACUCAGUCAAGCCAUUCAACGAAGAAAACCAAUGCUGUGAACAGGGACGAACCUGUAGAAGAAGAAGUUAUUGAAGAUGGCAAGAAUAUGCAUUUAAUCAGUAUUGUUUUCAAUCAUGGAGGGGAAUUUGUGAGCAUGGGUGACGGGGAUAUGAUAUACAGGGGUGGGGUAACGACACAUGUAACUGACAUUCACAUUGACAACUUUACCAUGAGUUGCGUUAACAAGUUGUUGAAUGAGUGGGGUUACAGUGAAGGCACAUUUAGGGUAUGGACAAAGGUUCCUGAAAUUGAUCCCAACUUUUUCCAAAUUAGGAAAGAUGAUGACUGUUAUGAUGUAGGUGCAUUUUCUUAUGCCAAUGAAGUAGAUGGUGUAAUGUAUGUAGAGCACGAUGUAGUAGAUGUCUCAUUUUCAGUUGUUAGUCCUAGAUGUGUUAAUGAAAUAGCAGUUCAGGAUCAUAGUGAUGAAGAAGGAGUGGAAGGAUUAGGAGAUAGUGAGGAUGAACGUGCCACUGGGUUGGAUGAUGGGUUUGAAGGUGUAGAUGUGUCUGUACCUAGGAAGGAAGCUCCUUCCCUAUCAGAUGUUAUGAGGGGUUCAGAAAAGAAAGAAAUGGAAGAUGGAGAUGAAUAUCUUACUGAUGAGUUAGACAGCUCAGACCCUGAUUUAUCAGAUGAGGACAAGGGUCACAAGUUUGAAAAGUUCAAAAAGGAGCAUUUUAAUAAGAAUUUUAAAUUUGAGUGGGGUAUGGAAUUUAAUUCCCUUGAUGAGUUUAGAGAAGCUAUACGUGAGUGGUCAGUAUUAAAUGGUAGGGAAAUAAAGUUUGUGAAAAACGAGAGCUACAGGGUUAGGGUGGAAUGUAGGGCCAAAUGUGGAUUUUUAAUACUUUGUUCAAAGGUGGGCCACAAACAUACUUUUGCUAUAAAAACCAUAGUUGAUAAGCACACAUGUGCUAGGGUUCUAGACAAUAUAUCUGCAAGCUCAAGGUGGGUGGCCAAAGCUGUGGUAAAAAAGAUGCAAACAUCACAAAGUGUUAGGAUUACUGACAUCAUUCAAGACUUGAGGCAGAAUUUUUCUGUGGGCAUCACUGUUGCAAGGGCAUGGAAGGCAAAGCUCAUAGCCAAGAGGAUACUUGAGGGAGAUGCAGAUAGGCAAUAUGCUGAUUUGAGGAGGUAUGCAUCUGAGCUACAUAGAGUUAACCCUGGAAAUACUGUGAGUAUCACUGUCAACAGACCUAUUCCAACCAUACAACCAAGAUUUGGAUCCUUUUACUUUUGUUUUGAUGGUUGCAAAAAGGGGUUCAGUAAUGGAUGCAGACCCUUCAUUGGGGUAGAUGGCUGUCACUUGAAAACAAAAUAUGGUGGUCAGUUGCUAAUUGCUGUGGGUAGGGACCCCAAUGACCAGUAUUUCCCUCUAGCAUUUGGAGUUGUUGAAAUAGAGAACAAGGAAACUUGGAAAUGGUUUAUUGAUUUGCUGAUGGGUGACAUUGGGCAGGACAACAAAUAUGUCUUUAUAUCUGACCAACAAAAGGGGUUGGUAUCAGUUUUUGAAGACAUGGGUGAAAGGGUGGAACACAGACUGUGUUUGAGACAUUUAUAUGCUAACUUCAAAAAGAAAUUUGGUGGAGGAGCAUUGAUAAGGGACUUGAUGAUGGGGGCAGCAAAAUCAACAUACUAUCAAGGAUGGCUGACAAAGAUGAAUGAGUUAAAAGAACUUGAUCCAAAGGCAUGGAGUUGGCUUAUGGGAGUUCAACCAAAAAGCUGGUGUAAGCAUGCCUUUAAUUUUUUCCCAAAAUGUGAUGUUCUAAUGAACAACAUUUCUGAAUCUUUCAAUGCAACAAUAUUAGAUGCUAGGGAUAAGCCAAUUCUGACCAUGUGUGAAUGGAUCAGAAAGUAUUUAAUGAAUAGGUGCUCAACAUCUGCUUUGAAGUUAGAAAAAUGGCCACAUAAGGUCAUGCCCAUACCUAGGAAAAGAUUAGACAAGGAGGUUGCAUUGAGUGCUCAUUGGCUGCCUACUUGGGCAAUGAAUGAACAGUUUCAGGUCACACAUUCUUUCAAUACACAAGAGUUUAUAGUGGAUAUUUCAAAAAAGUCAUGCAGUUGUAACUUUUGGGAGCUGGUGGGCAUUCCCUGUAGGCAUGCUGUAGCAGCAUUGGGAUUUAGACAACAAAAUCCUGAGGAUUUUGUGGAUGAGUGUUACUCUAGAGAGAGGUAUAAGUUAUGUUAUAAUUAUGCUAUUAGUCCAAUUAAUGGCCGGGAUAUGUGGCCUGAGGUAGAAUCGGAUGAAUUGUUGCCACCAAUCUUUAAAAAGGGUCCAGGGAGGCCUAGAAAGCUCAGGAUUAGAGAGACUGGUGAGGAUGGGGCUAGAAGAAGAUUGCCAGGAGUCUCUUACAGGUGUACAACAUGUGAUAAGUUUGGGCAUAAUGCACAGACUUGUAAAAGCUCAGUUCAGGAUGAAAAUGCUCUUAAGAGAAAGAAAAAGGUGAAGACAACUGAAUCAACUGAAACAACUCAACAUGUAGAUGGUGAAGGUUCUACUCAAAAUGCUGCAAACCAUACUGCAACACAGGCAAGUGGAGUUGACCCUACUGAUGCAACACAGGCAAGUGAAGUGGACCCUACUGAUGCAACACAGGCAAGUGGAGUUAUCCCAACUGAUCCAGCUCAGACUGAUUAUUUUGAUGGGAUUUCUGAUGAUAUCAUAACAAGCCUACCAGACAUCACCACUGCACAGAAUUAUAAAGAGGCCACCAAGAAAAAGAAAGCAGUUAAAGAGCUCAAGCCAAUGAGAAAGAGGUCAAGUGAAAGAAUCAAGAUUAAUUGGUUUAAAAAACCAAAACCAUUUACAGGGCCAGGUUCCAAUAGUGACCAACCAAUGUCAUUGACAAAUGAAGAGGAGGGUAGUGGAUCAAAGAAGUCAAACAAGAAAGCAAAGAAAUAG